GCGCUCGGCUGAACCCAGAGCGGAGGCAAGAGUCGGUUCUGAGUUCCCUGCGGGUGUGCGGCCGUCGCGGAGGGGAUCAUGGCGCUCGUGGACAGUCGAGUAGAACUGGACGCGGACGAGGACAUCUUUGAAGAUGCCUUGGAGACCAUCUCUAGAUCUCCCUCGGACAUGGCAACAAGCAGCUUCCCCUUUGUACCAGGUGACACUAAACGGGCAUCCAGACAGCUUGGAGCAUCUGCUGUGGGAAGUUCAUCAGCCAAGGUGGAUCUCAAGAGUGGCCUGGAAGAGUGCGCAGAGGCACUGAACCUAUUUCUAAGCAACAAAUUUAAAGAUGCCUUAGAGUUGCUUCGUCCCUGGGCCAAGGAGAGCAUGUACCAUGCCUUGGGCUACAGUACCAUCGUGGUGUUGCAGGCCGUCAUGACCUUUGAACAACAGGACAUCCAGAAUGGCAUUUCUGCCAUGAAGGACGCUUUGCAAACGUGCCAAAAAUACAGGAAGAAGUGCACAGUUGUAGAAUCUUUCUCAAGUCUUCUGUCCCGGGGGUCGUUGGAACAGCUGAGUGAAGAGGAGAUGCAUGCCGAGAUCUGUUAUGCCGAGUGCCUCCUACAGAAAGCGGCGCUCACAUUUGUGCAGGAUGAAAAUAUGAUCAACUUCAUCAAAGGUGGACUCAAAAUUAGAACAAGUUACCAAAUAUAUAAAGAGUGCCUUUCUAUCCUGCACGUAAUUCAGAAAAACAAACAUGAGCAGCACUUCUUCUAUGAGUUUGAAGGAGGAGUCAAACUUGGAACAGGGGCCUUUAAUUUGAUGCUGUCUCUUUUACCAGCAAGAAUUAUCAGAUUACUGGAAUUUAUUGGAUUUUCUGGAAACAGGGACCUGGGCCUUCUGCAGCUACGGGAAGGCGCCUCAGGGAGCAGCAUGCGGUCCCCGCUCUGCUGCCUUACCAUCCUGGCUUUCCAUACCUACAUCUCCCUGAUUCUCGGUACAGGAGAGGUCAAUGUUGCGGAGGCGGAGAGUCUCCUCGCACCCUUCCUGCAGCAGUUCCCAAACGGCUCCCUCAUUCUGUUCUACCAUGCCCGAAUUGAGCUGCUGAAAGGCAAUGUUGAAAAGGCUCAAGAAACAUUUCGAAAAUGCAUUUCAGUUCAAGAAGAGUGGAAACAGUUUCACCAUCUCUGUUACUGGGAAUUAAUGUGGAUUCAUAUCUACCAACAAAACUGGAUGCAGGCGUAUUAUUAUUCAGACCUGCUUUGCAAAGAGAGUAAAUGGUCCAAGGCAACAUAUGUCUUUUUGAAAGCUGCCAUUUUGAGCAUGCUUCCAGAGGAGGAUGUGGCAGCAACUAAUGAGAACGUGGUGGCUCUGUUCAGACAGGUUGAUGGCUUGAAGCAGAGAAUCGCUGGGAAAUCUCUUCCGACUGAGAAGUUUGCUGUGAGGAAGGCGCGGAGGUACUCACCCUCCUCAGGUGCCCCAGGAAAGCUAGUCCUGCCAGCCCUGGAAAUGAUGUACGUCUGGAAUGGCUUUUCAAUAGUGAGCAAAAGAAAAGACCUUUCUGAAAGCCUCCUGGUGACAGUAGAGAAGGCUGAGGCGGUUUUACAAAAGCAAAACUUUAUUGACUACUCUGUGGAUGAUGAGUGCUUGGUGAAAUUACUAAAAGGAUGCUGCCUCAAGAACUUACAGCGGCCCUUGCAAGCUGAGCUGUGUUUCAGCCAUGUGGUGGAAAGUGAAAAGCUGCUGAAGUACGACCACUAUCUGGUACCAUUCACUCUGUUUGAGUUGGCAUUUUUGUAUAAAAGCCAAGGGGAAAUUGACAAAGCCAUAAAGGUCCUAGAAACUGCAAGAAACAACUACAAAGACUAUUCCUUGGAGUCCAGACUACACUUCAGAAUUCAAGCAGCUCUUCAUCUCUGGAAGAAACCAUCCUCAGAGUGAUCAGGAACCCAGAGGAGGCCACCCUCCCCCCAGUUAAUGCAGACUGUCACUGUGGAGCUCAGUCCCCGUGUCAAGGUGGAACCCUGAUCCUUCAAAUAAGAAACAGAAAACCUAUUGUCAGGCUUUUCCUGUCACUGAAGUGGCUACUGUUGGUCUAUAUAUUUUUCCCUAUGGAAUGACAGUCAAUACUGUAUAGAAAUUCUUAAACUCUGCCUUUAAAAAGAAGUUCACAUUAGAUUUCAAUUGAGAGGGAAGUCUUUUAAAGACUGGCAGGUCCAAUAAAGUCUAGUUAGAUUAUUUAUUUUUUUAAUGUGAAAAUUAAUAUUGUUUAAAUAGCAAAAGGCUCUAUCAGCUGAGCCAUUUUUAGAUUGGCUUGUCCUUUAAACUUCAGAGAUGUUUUAUUGCUUCAUAUUUAAUUAUCACAGCUAGAAUAAAAUAGCAGUGGGUUUCUGAAGAGGCUGGAAAUGUGAAACAAAUGGCCUGAGGUGGAUAAUGUAUUUCUAGGCUGAAGGGACCCGUAUCUCUACAAGAUGGUGCAGUUCUAAGUUUUUGGGUUUCCACUCCUCUGGAUGGCUGAAGGUGGUGGCAUUUUUCAGAAACUGUCUUGUAUUUGAAUGUACUCAUAUCUGAUCAGUAAUAGCUUUCAGUCAUACAGACACAUUUCUUAUGUGUGUAAGAAAGAAAAGGCUGUAUUUUAGAACUCCCCAACCUCAGUGCUGAAGCCUGAAAUGUAGACUUUGAUUACUUACAGGAAGGAAGACUUCCCGCUGCUUUAAAUGAUAUGUAAACUAUCAGUCAUUUUCACACCUAUGUCGCCGCUGACCCAGUGCUGAUGGUCCCUUUUGAAUUUCUGGGCUGCAUUUUGGUUCUGAGUAGGAAACAGAAUCAGAGCAUGAACAGAUGACCUUUCUGGAGUCCUCACACCUGUCAAUCACCCCAUCUUCCUGUUUGUGAAACAAAGAAAGAACGGGUGGAUUUAAAGUUAUCCUUGAGUGUUAUAACCGCGCAUCUGUGUAUUAGGCAUUUUCUACAAUGUUUAGCAUUUAAUCCAAACUCUUUCCAUUUAGAAUGUUUCAUAGUAUUUUUCAACUCCCCCCUUCCUCCCCAAUCAACUGCCUGUCAUAGGUAUUAUAGCCAAAGGCCAGUGAUGAAAAGCAGUUCAUGAUUCCAUGAAUCUGGGCUUUUGUUCCAUUUUUCUUGUUUCAAAGACCAGUAACUUGUCUAGACCAUAGACAGCUCCAUCUUUCCCAGACAGAGCCCCAUGUUGUAGGUACGACCCCCUCUCUGUUGGUUAUUAGUUAACAAUAUAAAGCAAACCACUUACCCUUUCUAAGACCUGGAUUUUCCAGUGGGAAUGGCAGGUAGCACUCAGUGCUCUGAGGCCUCAGUUAGUUCAUGUACUUGGUAGGUCUCUGUGAGCUGCAAAGGCUGUACACAGGAGUGAGUCUGAUAAUUAUGGCUUUGAUCAUGGAUUACAGUCCCUAUGCAAGGGUCUCAGCUGAGUCUUUGUCUCUGCUGUAUAGUGAAAUGAAUAUGAGCAUUCAAAUACCUUUCAGUUUAGCGAUGCGUUUAGCGAUGACCGCGGCCCAGAUUGCUGAGUUGUUCCCGCCGGCCUCUACUGCAGUUCCCCAUGCUUAGCAGGCAUUGGUGUUGUGUUACUUCCUGUACCAUUUCUUGACCAACAUUGAAGUAUUUUUUAAGAAAGAUGAUUAAUACACUUUGAGUCAGAGGACCAUUCCUUCAGACAGGGGCAGAUAUCAUUAUAUCACAUUUAUAUGAAUUACAUUAUUAGCUACAGAUAGAAGGGGAAAAUUGUCAUGAUACUAUGGAAAUAUGUUUGAUAAUUAUAUAUAUCCUUGGAGAAAAGUGUAUAAAUUAUUUAGAGAGCUUUGAUAGCAUUUAAAAAACAAUAUAUUCAUACUAUGAAAGAAUGGUGGCACAAGCCUUUAAUCUCAGUACUUGGGAGACAGAGGCAGGCAGGUCUCUGAGUUCAAGGCCAGCCUGGUCUACAUAGUGAGUUCCAGGCCAGCCAGAGCUACACAGUGAAACCCUGUCUCCAAAACCAAAGCUAACCAAACAAAAAGAAUAUGUACUCAUAUUUUGUGAGAAACUGUCAGCUUAUGGUCUGUAACAGUAAAUUCCCAUUCCGGUAUAAAAUGAAAAACAGUUACACUAAAAUGCCUAUUUGAGGGGCUAGAGAGAUGACCUAGCAGUUAAGAACACUCUUCCGGAAGGUCAGAGUUUGUUUCCCGGCACCCGUGUCAGGCGGUUCUCAACUGUCUGUACUGCAGAAAAUCUGACCACGCCUUUCUGGCCUUUGCAGACACCCAAACACACAGGGCAAACAAUCACAUAGAAAAACACACAUUCGCAUAAGUUGAUAAUAAAUCCUUUUUAAUGGCUAUUUUCACAUUAUAAAACAAAUUUAUCUAUGCUAUUAUAUUUUGUUUUCUUUCUUUUGUUUCUAUUGUUCAUAUUUUCUCUGUCAUUUAAGACUCUACCCAGUAACUUCAUAAAUACUGCAAUAGAAUUAAUUCAGUAGACACUUGCCUAUUUACUGUCAUAUUCAAGAUACUGUAUCGGCACCAAUUUCUUAGGAUGUUUGUAAGAAUCAUUUUGUAAAAUCUGUUUUGUGAUUCAGGAUGCUUUGUGAAGAUCAAGUGCCUGAAAGAACAUUUUAUCAAAUCCUGUUUUUGAGAGGCACAUGUAGUGGGCUGGGUUUCUAGUAUGUCUGAUAACAGUUUAUAUAGCCACUGGCAAAAUUGCCUGUGUUUAUUUUUAGAUAGUGAGGCAGUGUUCUGAUUGGUGCUUUGUAAAUAUAAAAGUUGUGUUUCAGAGCCAUGGCGAGAGGGAUAGCCUGAUUUCUGUUCAACAGUUAAUGGAAGGUUAACUCCACCAACUCCUGUGGAUAUUUGAACACUUGCUCUGCCUGUAUGUAGAAGAUGCUCCCAAGUCACACAGCGGACACUUGAGUGGCUUUCUGCUUGUUCUAAGGACGGGGGAGGAGACAAGUAGGUAGGAGCUACAGGGAGAAGAAAUUCCAGAUUCCUAGGUGUGAGGGACAGUCAUGAGAGCAAUCCAACAGUCUAGCCAGCUCCUUGGGAGAGGGUUAGUUUAGCAGUUCUGUGUGGCUGUCAUUCCUCCCUGGUGGAGUGUCUGGGUUAGUUGAAUUGGAGGUCAGGUUAGUCCAUAAUUCUCUGAUCAGGGCCUAGAAUCCGAGGUGUGGAGGGGUGAAAAGCAAGUGCCCCUUCAAAGAGAAGUGCAAGUUCUUCUGUCAGUCGUUCUGCUGUGACAGGCACCAGCAGCAUCUGCUGUUGGUGCUCAUGAUUCUGUCUCGUCCGUCCUCGUGAUGUCUAUUGUGGCUGUAUCUUUGUCAGUAGAGCGCUCUCCCUUUAAAUUAUUAUAGUAAAACUAAUUUAAAAGGUCUUUAUGACCAAGUGGAAAAAUUAAUUCGGGAAUUAUUCUGGUAAAUUCUCCAGACAUUUGGUUUUUCCUAUUUCUUUUCUACCACCUUUUUGUAGUCCCUGUAUUCCUGAAUCACCAGUUCUGCAUUUAGUUGAAAUCAGUUAAUGAAGUGAUAGAAAUCCUGAGUGUUUGUGACUUCUCAGGCCUGGGAUGGAUCUGAGGAAAUGCUGUCGUCCUCCUCAGCCUCUGAGCAUACUGCUUCUCCUGACCUCUCUGUCUGGUGGUGUAGCCACUUGUCAUUGGCGGUAACACCCUACAGAGAUGGCCAUGGCUGGGGCCUCCCUGCGGCAGUUCUCAAAGGUAUCCUGGGUUCUUGUCCCUGGCAUUCUGGCAUUUACCCGCUGUCCGCUGUGACUACCCAUUCCGCAUCUGUUAUAUCAUCUCUUUCCAAAUACCUCUCAGUAGUUUAGUUUCUCUGUCCAGUGUAUUCGGCAGAUGCUAUAGCUAGGUGGCUUGUGUGAACAUUGGUCUCACCCACCUCAUGCCCCUGUGAACUCCUGGUGUGCCAAUCUAAAAGUCCUUAAUUUUAGUCUUAUUUUACAAACUAUCUUUGCAUGUCACAACUGUUAGGGUUUCAUAGAUUUCAUGAGUAAGAUACUUUCUGAAAAACUUGGUGAACCCUUUGUGAUACUUUUGCAUUAUCAACAUGCUAACGUUGAUCCUCUUAGCUAGCCCAAUAUAUUAUUUAAAGAUUUUAGGCACAAUUUAUCCACUUUGGUGGUAAUGUGGAAGGUGAUUUGACUAAAUUUAAAUAUUUUAUGCCUUCCAGUAGUUUACUGUGAAUAUUUUGAGUGUGUGUGCCUAAGGGAUAUACAUAAAUAUAAAUACUAAUCUCUUUAAGCACCUCUUGAUUAGAUACAGUGAUAGAUCUAAUGUAUCAAUAAACUGGUCUAUAGAUAAGUAAUAUAAAAUAGCCCACAUUGGAUAAUCCUUCAUGCCCUUUUAGGAGUGAAAUGGUCUCUCCAAAUUGCUCUCUUUCCCAGAGCCCAAAUAUUUAUGUGUUUUUCUUUAUAUUAGAUUUCUAGAACCCUGCCCCUCUAGUUAGUAUUUUGGUCUGUCGUAUUUGCUGUUAGCUUUUGUUAUUUUAGAAUGUUCAACUUGAAAUGUAAUGUAAAGGACAAUCAGACUUUAUCAUCAAGGAAGCUCUGGGCAGACUUUCAUAUGGGGGACAAUUUAGGCCCAUCUUAGUCCAUUUAUCAAACUUCAUCACUACAGAAGGAAGCGAUAGAAGAACGGUUCUGUGUAUUAAGAUGGCUGAGCAGGUUCUCAGCCUGAACCAUGCAAAAGGAGAUGUAGAUUUAGCAUCAGAGGAAGCCUAAGCCCCAUUUUCUCUGAUUGCAGUAUAAAGUGAUGUGUGUUCAGCUCAGCGAUACUGCAGAGAUAAAGCAGCUGCCUAACUGUAUUUAAAUAAUAAAGGAUGUCUACACAUGCCUACAGGCUGAAUUUUAUUUUGUUUUAUUUUUUGUGGUGCUAGAAAUGGACCUCGAGGGCUGGUGUAUGCCUUGUAAAUGCUCUUCAGCUGAGCCACAUCCUCGGGUCCAGGUUGAAUACUGAAUAGGAGAGGUACAGUAAUAAUAUACUUACUGACAGUAAACUCACAGUGCACCUUGUAUGCUAACCCAGUAGUUCUUAGAAGUGUGUAAUUUAAAGGAUGAAUUUAGGGGACGUGCAUAUUACAUUGGGUGGAUUUGUUUUAUUGCACCUUAACUUUUUUUUUUUUUUUUAACUUUGGAUUGAAAUUCUUGAUAGUUUGGGCACCAAAAGAAAAUAAAAAGAAGUUGUUUUCAGUGGACCAGUACUGAAAAUGAGGGUAUCUGAAUAAUUGAACACAUUAAAGAAUAACACUUACAUUUAUUUUUGAAGGAAUUGCAUUGUUCUGAGUCUGAAAUAUACUUAGUUUGAAAGUGUGGCCCAUUCUGCUGAAGAGAGUAUACAGGCAUCUUCCUGCAGUCUUACCUUUAAUGGAGCAGAAUGCCCAGGCCACAAUUUUGGAGAUGGUAAAUGAGUAGAAAUGAUUUUCACAAACUCCCUUUUUCUUGAAGUGCUUCCUCCUCCUCCUCCUCCUCCCUCUUCCUCUCCUUCUGCACAGUAGACAGUUAGAUGCUUUUAGUACAUCUCUCCUCCUGCCCACUCCUGUGCUGGGACUUAAGCCAAGGGGACCGGCACACAUGCUAGUGGGCACUGAGUACCCAGCACGAAUGAUUUAUUUCUAAGGAAGUAAUUUACACAAGAGUUAGAUUGUGGUAAACAUCUUAAAUCACAGGGUUUUGGUUCUGUUUAAGGACAUAAGAAAAGAGCAUUGUUGGGUCCAGAUCACCCACUAUGUAUAGAGAACAGGUGUGUGAGCCUCUGGCUCAUGCUGUAUUGCAAAACACUGUGUGCUGUGCUCAGUUACCAGGUCAUGGGGAAUCCUAGAGCCAAGUGUUUGUUUUUCAUUGAUUUUUGUGGUUGUUGAUUGUUGGCAUCUGAACACCUGAGUAUCAACUGUCUCUUUAUUUAGCUUACUAUUUUAAAAUCUUUAUUUCAGAUGUUCAUAGGCCACCAAAUUUUUGAUGGAAGUUAUAUACAAAGGCAAAUAUAUAUUUAAUAACUGAGAUGUAUUAUUUUAUUGCACAACUUAUUUUCCAACGCAAACUUACUUUGUAAGUGUUUGUCUUUUGAGAUUGUCUUUUUAAUUUUUUUUUUUUUUUUUGCCACAAACUACAAAAUGUAAGCUUGUCUUUUCUUCUAGUGUAAGUGGCUUUCAUGGUAUUUGUUUUUCACAUAUUUUUGGAGUAAGCAAAAAUAAGGCAUUUGUAAACCAAUUUGGAGUUUUCAAGUUGAAUCAUUGGAGCUCCCACCUGUACUUAGGAUUUAGUAUUGUGCUGGUCAAACUUGGCAGUGUUCCCUUGUCUCAGUUUUCUUAUGGCAUUUGAGCGUGGUCUCCUGUAGUUCAUUUUCAGCAAUCAGUUUUACAAAGGAAAACAGUCUUAGAAAUUGAACUCUUUGUAAAAUGAGUGUGUUAUUAAUAUCCGCCCACUAAUCAAUGGAAUAGUUUCGGGUCCUAGAGAAGAAAAAAGACCAGCUAGAAAGCUUUCCAUCAGUCAAGGAAGAAGAAGAAAAGUGUGAACUGAUAUUUUUCAUGUAAAAGCUGUGUUCCCCAUGACUUUUCAUAUGCUGAUUUUAUGUUAUCACCUGUGAUGUGUAAGUGAAAGGAUAUAAAGAUUAAGUUUUCAACAUGAAGACAAUUCCUGUUUCUAUUUUUACUAUUUAGACAGUUUUGAAAAACAGAUGUCAUAUUAGAAAUAGUAUUUUAAAGUGCAAAUAAAUCAUUUUGAAAGUCAGUGUUUUCCUUUUACUUCCUUUGUACCUCACAGAAGGUUCUGUGUUAUUAGAUAUAUGUUUAAGUUGCCAGAUUGUUUUCAGAAUUCUAUAUUUUCAUAUUGCUGUAACCAGUUUACCUACAAUGUGCAAUUGGAGUGUUAUUUAAAUAAAUGACACUUGAUGGAA